UUAUGGACGCCGCUCGUGAACUGAAUGGGCCCACUCGAAAAACUGUCAACGGUGGAAACUACAUUAACUACUUCAUUGCUCCGGCACCUGUGAAAGACGGUCGCAGGGUGAGUACCGCGAAAGCCUUCCUAUCACCGAUCAAAGAUAGAAAAAACCUCUACGUGAUGAAGAAUACCCGAGCCGAUGCUGUUCUCAUGGACGGGAAUCGGGCGAUCGGAGUACGCGUGACUUUAAAGGAAGGUCAGACCAUCAAUGUGAAAGUAUCGAAGGAGGUGAUUCUAUCUGCCGGCAGUAUCGCCAGUCCAAAAUUACUGAUGCUCUCUGGCAUCGGGCCUAAACAGCAUCUGCACGAAGUGGAAAUACCGAAUGUUGUUGAUUUGCCAGUCGGCAAAAAUCUUCAUAACCACUUCGGUUGGCUGGGCUUAUACUUGGCUUACCAGAACAAAACUGCGACGCCACCAUCACCUACAUACAACUUGGACGAGGCUUAUCAGUAUCUCGUACAUAAACAAGGCAUUUUAGGAACCAACGGUGGCUUUGCUUUCAUAGGUGCUGCCCGUGUAAACGACUCGAAUUCCAAAUAUGCCGACAUGCAAUUCUUUCAUACUCAUUAUAAACGAGGGGAUGUAGAUAAAGUGGACAAGGUAUCGAAAAUAUUCAAUGUGAAUGACGAUAUAAAGCAUGAAAUAAUGAAAAUAGUUAAAGAGGCCGAUGUAAUAAUGCCUAUGCCGAGUUUGCUAAAGUCGAAAAGUACAGGUGAAUUGCGGUUGCGCAACAAAGAUCCAGCGGUUCCUGUCAAGAUCUAUGGGAACAGUUUCUCCGAGCAAGAUGUCGAGAUGAUGUUAAAGACUGUACAUUUCUUUAAAAAAAUGCUGAAAACCAAGGCAUUCGUGCGGGAAGGAGUACGGCUGCAUCAUUUGUACAUUCCUGAUU